AUGGCAGAAACUGCUCCAGCUCCCGCUGCGGCCCCAGCAAAGCCCCCUAAGAAGAAGGCGCCCCGACCCAAGAAAACUGGCCCAAGUGUGGGCGAGCUCGUCGUCAAGGCCAUCUCUGCUUCAAAAGAGAAGAAAGGAGUCUCUCUGGCUGCGCUGAAGAAAGCACUGGCGGCAGGUGGGUACGAUGUGGAGAAGAACAACGCUCGUGUCAAACUGGCCAUCAAGAGUUUGGUCACCAAGGGAACUCUAGUCCAGACUAAAGGGACCGGCGCGUCCGGCUCGUUCAAGCUGGACAAGAAACAGGCAGUGGAAAAGAAGUCGGUAAAGAAGGCAGCUCCUAAAGCAAAGAAGCCUGCAGCGAUGAAACCGGCCGCGGCAAAGAAGCCCAAGAAGGCAGCAGCCAAGAAGCCUACGGCCGCCAAAAAGUCUCCGAAGAAAGCAGCCAAGAAGCCCGCCACACCGAAAAAGGCAACGAAGAGCCCGAAGAAAGCCAAGAAGCCCGCUGCCCCCAAGAAGGCAGCAAAGAGCCCCAAGAAAGCAAAGGCAGCGAAACCCAAGGUGGCUAAGCCUAAAGCUGCCAAACCCAAAAAGGCUGCACCCAAGAAGAAGUAA